AUAAUAGAAAUAACCUCUGUGAUCUGUGAUGUCAGUCACCUGUUCAUGACAGUGGUGAACGUCACCGGAAAAUUGGGUUUGUGCAGUUUAGUUCACAGUUUAGUUUAAAAAGUUACGAAAAAAUGAUGAAAACUAGUAAAAUGCUCUACAUUAAUUGCCUCAUGACGCUGUGUCUCGCUGUGCUAUUCGUUGGUGUUGCAACGGCAUCUGCAGAUGAAAGUUUGGACGUUCCUGUUUCGAAAAUUAGUCAAAUUGUUGGUGCUCCGACCUUAAAAUUCCUUUACUGUUAUUCAUGUGGCUAUAAGAAAAUGUUUGACCAAUACACAAAUCUGCUGAACCAAAAAUACCCAUUCAUCCAAGUGGAAGGUGCCAAUUAUGAACCCGGUGGGUUCUACAUGUUUCUAGUUAGAAUCACUGGAACUGUUAAAUUGCUUGCAAUAGUUUGCAUUCUUGCGGGAAUGAAUGUGUUUGACUACAUCAACCGACCAGCCCCCGCAUGGUGGCGAUGGUGCAUCGAGAACAGGAUUUAUGCUUGCAUGAUGCUGUUUUUCAUCUGCAACCUAAUCGAAAGUCAACUGAUUGCAUCUGGCGCCUUUGAGAUCUCAUUAAACGAUGUGCCAAUUUGGUCGAAGUUGGAGAGCGGUCGGAUUCCUCAACCGGCCGAAUUGUUUCAAAUUAUUGACAGUCACAUGCAGUUCACAGAUACUAAACUGGAGCUAAAUGGCUUUGCCAAGUAGUAGAUUUUGCGGCACUCAGAAGAUGCACGUCCUUUGGUUGUGAUCCUGUUUACUUUGGUGAGAACCACUCUUAAUUACUUACUUGACAAAGUCAAAUCAGGAAAGUCCUGUUGAAGCUCAAUAUCUAUUUAUCUGCUCAAUCAGGAUAUGGAUUUGAAUGACCAAAAACCCAUCGUACUUUAAGAUGACUGAGCCAUUAUUGUAACAUCGAAAGCUGGUUGAAUACUUUUACAUUUCAACUAACUUAUCCCAGUUCAGACCGGCAAUCAGUCAAAGGUUUUUUAACCAGUUUUUCAGUGUAUUGGCCAAAAGCAGAGAAGUUCUGCUCAGUUUGUUUUGAAUGUGUUUUUAUGUAGGUAUCUCGGAGACCAGUCUAGUAGUAAAAAAAUGUUUGAAUUUUAAUAUGUUUUAUACACUUUAUUUACCUCCACUCAUUCUGGUUUGAUAGUUUUAUUUGGGAGGCUGCAUAAUCAGCUUGAUGUAUGUCUGUAAAUAAGUUAUUGUAUAUAUUAAAAAAAUUGAUAGAAAUUAA